CUUUUCUAUGCGCUUCAACUACAUUUCCCAUGAUUCCCUUUUGAACUUCCUAUGGAGAUAAAGCGUGUGAUUGUGGCAACGAAAGGCCGGUGAUGUGAAGAUGCUGCGCAGGAAACCCACACGCCUGGAGCUCAAGCUCGAUGACACGGAGGAGUUUGAAAGUGUCAAGAAAGAGCUGGAGAGUCGAAAGAAACAGAGGGACGAGGUGGAUGUAGUUGGUGUCGCCACAUCCAGCGAAAUGAGCGGAGCGUCAGGUGGCGGCACGGACGGGAAGACCAGGGAGCAGAUGAUCCAUGAGCGUAUUGGUUACAAACCUCACCCAAAGCCUAACACACUACCAUCGCUUUUUGGGAACCUUCAAUUUUGACAAUUUGCAAACAUGAAAAAUGGACUAUAAAGGUCUUGAGAAUCUGCAUCACACACACACACAUGAUAUUGCCUGACCUGAAACAGACUGAAAGCACAUGCACUCUGGGUUUGGUUAGCUGUGUGUUUGUGAUAUCGGAUUGCGAAGGACUAUUUUUCUACUUGAGUUAAUAAAAUCUUGUUUGUUGGA